AAUAAUGUCAUGCUUUUCUUAUAACAGCUUUUAGACUCCUUAGGUUGACGUCAAUGGACCAUGUUCUGAUUUUUCACGGUCGGCAUAUUGGCUCGAGCGAACUAAUAUAUUUCAUCUUAUAUAGAACGAAUCACAUAUGGAAGAAUCAUUUUUUUUUCCUUUCACGUGCGAAACCUUUAAACGUUGGUUCAUUGGUCGAACGUAUAAAUGUUAAAUAUGCAUAGCAUAUUCAAGAAUUCUUGCCAAUUCAUGUCGAGUGAUUUGCGAGAAACAUGCUCAUUUAAAACGUAAUUAAUAAUCUACUAUAAAUAUACAUAUUUUUAACACAAUUAAGAAAGCAAAACACGUAGGAAUUAAGAGAGUAAAACUGGUAACAUCAAGUAAAAAAAAGAAAGUAUGUUAAUUUUAAUUCUAGAUCAAAGUAUACGUUAUAAUUUGCUCCUAAAUUUUGUGUAUUUAUGUGUCUUUGAAAUCCUAAAUAGCGAAUAGUGUGAAUUAUGUUGAUGUUUUCGAAAUAUGUAAUUAGUACAAAAGUUACAUUAAUUUCUAAUGAUUUUCUUGAAUGAUCGUUGGACGAAAUUUUCAAUAGAAGUGGGGAGUGUGUCAUCGAGCCACUAGCCUUGAUUCUUUGCCAAAUAAUUGAUAGAGAAAGCGUACUGUUGUCACAUUCUCGCGCUAAUUUUACGUACAUUAUCUACGACGCAUAAUUGACAAUUGUCAUUAUUCUAAUGAUAUAUCUAUUUUUAUCUUUAAUAAUUUAUGCAGAAACUACAAUUCUUUCAGUCAAUUACAAGGUUGUAUAUCACCCUUCCCUUUUCGGUAAUAAUUACAAUCUAAAAACGAAAUCUGUACAUUUCCAACGUGCUUGAAGAGUAUAGUAAAUACUCAAUGUAAAUUUAUUAUGUUAAUUAUCGAUAUGUCACUCAGCACACCGAUUUCAAUGAUUUUUGUAUAUAUUGUAAAAGUGAACAUUUCGAACAACUUUUUCCAAUACGUAAAAUCGCCGCUCGUUCUUAGUUUCCGAGAUAUUCGGAAAAAAAAACUCGGUGAUCGGUACCACACCGUGAAUUCUGCCUAUAUUUGUAGGUGUCCGCGUAGGCUGUUAGCGUAUGCGUCAGUAUUGGUUGCCGGCUACCGUACGACGCGACCGCCGGAUAAAAUAGCGUCUAACCUAAACCUAACAAGAAGAUAUGCAAAUAAACUACAAACAAAAGAUAAGAAUUAGGUUUAGACUAGGCGUCAUUUUAUCCGGCCGUCUUACAGCGGCCGGCGAUCAAUAUACUGACACAUACGCUGCCACGGACGGACAAUUAUAGGCAAAAUUCACAGUAGUGAUAUCGACAGCUUUUUCCCGGAUAUCUCGGAAACUAAGACCAGGCGACCGAUUAUAUGUAGAGGAAAAGGUUGUUCCAAACGUUGAUUUCUACAGCAUGUUCAAAAAUCAUCGAAAUCGGCGAGGUGGCUGAGAUAUUGAUAUUUACCAGAAGUGACAAAUACGUUUGUUUAUCGGUUUAUGUAUGUUUUCUUCGGUGUUUGUAAGGAAAAAUGGAUCGAGAUGAUGAGGACUUUGGAGAAGGUUUUGUCGCGGAAUCUCAUCCACUUAGGCCAACGCAUCUUUCUGUUCCUAUUAAUGGUCGACCAGAUUCCAGAGCACCUAGUAUCAGCAGCAGUGUUAGUGAUAUGGACGUUCCGAUUUAUGCUAGAGAAACCACUAUACCUGUCUCAGCUGGAAAAGGUCUAAAUGGACGACUAGCAUUUGCUAUUGCGGCUGCUGCACUUGGAUCAUCGUUUCAACAUGGGUACAACACUGGUGUCGUUAAUGCACCUCAGCAGCUCAUCGAGAACUGGAUCAGUGACCUGAAGAUGAAUCGUACUGGACAAGUAACGAAACAAUCAGAAGUAACGAUGAUAUGGGCAAUAGCGGUGUCAAUAUUCUGCGUAGGCGGAAUGAUCGGUGGCUCUCUGGUGGGUUCGAUAGCCGAUCGUUUUGGUAGAAAGGGGGGUUUAUUACUGAACAAUAUCCUGGUCCUGCUCACAGUAAUCUUCGAGGGCUGUGCCAAAGCAGCGAAAAGUUAUGAAAUGAUAAUUAUCGGAAGAUUUCUGAUCGGUAUCAAUGCAGGAUUAAACGCUGGUUUAGCGCCCAUGUAUCUAUCUGAAAUAUCACCUAUUCAUCUACGAGGUGCCGUUGGGACAGUUUAUCAACUAGUUAUCACUAUGUCUAUUCUGGUAUCACAAAUUCUUGGCUUGGAGCAAAUUUUGGGCACUGACGACCACUGGCCGCUUCUUUUAUGCCUGACAAUUGUCCCUGCAAUUUUCCAAGUGGUUACGCUUCCAUUGUGUCCCGAAAGUCCGAAAUAUCUGUUGCUCAGUAAAGGAAAAGACAUGGAAGCUCAGAGAGCUUUGGCCUGGUUGCGUGGCACGAUCGAAGUUCACGAUGAGAUGGAGGAAAUGAGGACGGAAUACGAAUCAGUGAAACUUGUACCAAAGGUUACAUUGAAAGAAUUAUUUGUAAAUCCAUCUCUUAGAAUUCCGUUGAUGAUCGCAAUCAUGGUUAUGUUCGCUCAACAAUUGUCCGGAAUAAAUGCCGUCAUGUUCUUCUCGACCAAGAUCUUCACGAUGGCGCAGUUGGACAAGACUGCAGCACAAAAUGCAACGAUGGCCGUCGGAGCGAUGAACGUUGUUAUGACUUUUGUUUCUUUGAUACUUGUUGAAAAAGCUGGAAGAAAAACGUUGCUAUUAGCCGGAUUCAGCGGAAUGUUUAUCGAUACCGCGUUACUCGCGAUUUGUCUUGCUUUCGCAGAUACAUCUCGCGCAGCAGCUUACUCCUCCAUCGUACUGGUAAUGACGUUUGUAAUCCUAUUUGCAACUGGACCAGGCAGCAUCCCUUGGUUCUUGGUAUCCGAGUUGUUUAAUCAAUCCGCGAGGCCUGCGGCGACGUCCGUUGCUAUCGCGGUCAAUUGGACGGCCAACUUCAUCGUCAGUAUCGGAUUCCUGCCGCUGCAAGAGGCAUUAGGUGCCUACGUGUUCAUUAUUUUCGCCGCACUACAAGCAUUCUUCGUUUUCUUCAUUUACAAAAAAGUACCCGAGACAAAGAACAAAACGAUGGAGGAGAUUAGUAGCAUGUUUCGACAAAUAUCCUACCAGUAAGAACUUUCAUACUGUCAUUGCGCUUAAGAAAUUAAUUAGGAGCCUAUUCUUAAAGAAAGGUUUUCACAGAAGAAUGAAUCGAACGUAGAUGCGAAUUUCUUUCUUUAAAGAGUCCGUGACUUGACUACAACGAAUGCAUCUAUUUUUAACAUGCUAUUCACAUUUUCAUACGAAUCAAAGGCGUAACAUUUUUUAGCGAAUCAUUACUACGGAAAAUUGUAUUUUUACUUUGUGACGAAUUCGAAGAACAUUAAAAAGCUGUACUUGCUUUUGAAUGUGUAUUCUAAACGCUGUCAAGUCGCGCAUAUUUUUUAAGCAGUUUGACUCCGAAUUAAACUUAAACUUAGUUCCUAUUAUUACCGGCACAAUAAACUUAUAGUGACAUACGAAAGCAGUAUCAAAUUACACAUAGUGAAACACAAUGUUAAAAACUACCGAAUUGUACAUCUUAGCAAAUUUGUUCGUUUCUUUUUAUAUCUUUGUUACACACAAACCUCGAAUGAAAUUAAUAAUACAUAUUACAAUGAUCAAGAUACUAUAGUUUUAAAGAAUUAAACGAAGCUCAACCUCAGAGAGACGAAUAUUUUAUUUCUAAUAUAUAUUUUCAUAUCGAAGAUCAAAAACAUGGAGAAAUUAGCGAUUUAAGACACGCAUAAAUGGAAAACAUAUACAUUUUAACUCGCAGUUCCUUGAGAAUAAUUGAGAGAAUUAGACGACAAUUUUCGCUUUUGCACAUACCGUUCGCACUAGAUGUUAUUCUAUCUUCAAAAAGAGUGAAGAAACGAUAUUAUUUAAUUAUACCCAUACUAAAUAUUGUUACUCUAGUCAUAAAAAUGUAAUAUUUUGUGCAUUGGAAUUACAUUUGGAAAAUCUUGCUAAAAUCAGUAUACAUUCUGCGUGGUUGAAUUUUUUUUUUUUUUUUUUUUUUUUUUUUUUUUUUUUUUAAUA